AUGCUUGAUGGCUGUCUUGUUUUCCCAUCGCAACCUUUGCAAAUCUGUAAAACAGGACAUGUUCUUUCUACUACUCAAGAGUCUGUGUCAAUUACUCCAUACCUGUUUAGCGAUCGUCUUUCUAAAAAGAUCAAGUCGUAUUCAGCAAUCCAUUUGGAUCAGUUUUUGAAUGGAUUUGCCACUCUCAUGGAUACCACCGACUCGCUGAUUGGCAUACUUUCUAGUGUGAAGCAAGUAAAAAAUGGCAGUGAUUCUUUAGCUUCAAAUGAUACUGCGAUUGGGAGUAUGCAACAAAACACUCUUGCUCGUAUGCUACUCAAUAUUCAUUCUCUCCAACCAUGCAUAUCUCAGUUACUAUUGGAGAAACUUGCCGAGUUUUCAAUAAUGAGUGGCAAAAAUAUUCCCAAGAUGCUCAUCAAACAACUCAGCUGGCUUGACUAUAUUGUGAAACCAUCUGAAAUGAUUGAAAAAAUUAUAGAAAUUCUUCCUGUUCUAGUUUAUGAUGUUCAAACAGAUUUGAUCAGCAGUCUACCAGAAAUCGCAGUGGAUAGCGAGCAUCAGCGUAUCUCACUUUAUCUCAUUGAGCUUAUGGCUCAAAAACUUGAACUUACUCAAACUAUUCUUGAUACGCUCAUCAGUUUUUCAAUGGAUGACACAACUCUCAUUGCCGCGCGAGAUGCAUGCCUUGAUAAACUGGAUUCUGCGGAUUUGGACACACUUCCUAUUAUUGUCCGAUUUUUACUUAAUAUAGCCACAGUAGACUCGGCACAAACUGUUAUCAGUCAAAUACGCGCUAAUUUGAAUAUGGAUCAAAUUGCUCAAGAUUUAAAAAAAGAAACGCUUGAUAUUGAGCAAGGACGAUCUAAAGGUAAAAAGCCAGAUCGAUCACCACAGGCCUUGAUACUAGAAAGUAUUCGUACUUCAUUUCAAACUCGACCUUUUCUUCAAGAUUCAUGGAUUCGCGUGAUAUUUGAUGUCGAUUUUGUGAAAAAUAUGCUUCGAUCUCUUGAUUUUUUAGUUAUGAUUAUUAUUUAUUCGCUUUCUACGUCUCAUCGAAAGCGAGCACAGUUGCUGCUAAAAAAGAAGGCACUUUCUGGCGAUCUUACACCAUCUAUUGUACGGAAAACUAUAUCGGGUCAUGGAAGCAGUAUUUCAAGCACGUUAUUGGAUUACUGGCGACUCACAUUGGCACUGGAAUCAUAUCCUUUUUGUAUCAGUUUGAGUGUUUUGUUAGAACUCACUAGCAUUGAGCCACAAAAUGUAGCACCAUUUUCCAUUUUUAUCAAAAGCAUUCUUGAUCAUCUAGAUAAACUUAGUGUUUCAAAUGUGCGACGGUUUUUUGAAGUUCUAUCCAACUUGGCAGUAGUGAGCGACAACGAGUUGUUUGACACAUCUGCGUCAAGCAUGGUUAUUAUGGCAGAGUCGUCUAUUUUGACCGAUCUUCAUAUUGUAAUCCGAAAAUAUCUAGGCAGUGCAAAUUGCACUUAUAAGCAAAUUGGUGUUCUUGGAUCGGCAGUUCUUAUUCAGAAACUUGCCGAGAAGAAUAGCAUGACGCCCCAUACACUUUCUCAAGCACAGAAGAUUUUUGAAACCACAAUCACGAGCUGCCGACAAAGCAUGUCUUGUCUUGGAACAGUAUUUGAUGAGAUUGCGUUCUUGGUGUCUCAGAACAAGCUUCACAUUGAUUUCAUAUCGUGGCUUCGAGAGCUUAUCAAUGAUAGUUUUCUUGAUAUCUUUGUACUGGAUGACGAGGAGAUGAAACUUUGCGCUGAUAAAAUUGAGACUUUGAGCAGCGAUUUUCCUAGACUUGUUGUUAAAUCGACUUUAUGGAUGGAACUCGAGAAUUGUGAAGGAGGACUGAAUAUUUAUCCGUUGGCAUUGCGAUUGAUUCGAGGUCUUCCCGACGAUUUAAAAGAUACACGACCGCUUGCCGGAAUUUUAGAUUUCUCGAAUGAGAAAAAUUUGAUUGCACUCUUAUGCUCGCAAUUUAAACUCUGGCAAACCUGUGAAACAGCAACCACUGGUAUCAAUGGCAGUUUUACGCUCAAUGUUGAAUAUGACCAGACGGCAAGACAUGCGUUAUGCACUACUUUAUUUCAGGCUCUAAAUCUAUUUCGAGAGCUUUUAAACUGCUUUGGGUUUGUAUCUGAAAAGGCAACUAUGCGAUUUUGCCUUUUGCGAGUUCGUCAUAUAAUGGUGUUGGAAAAAUAUCUUGUAUCAAUUCUUGCAAGCCUUCCUGGAUGGAUUCCUCCCAAUCUUUUAGAGGAAAAUAUUGACAGCGGAUUCAAUUCACAAUCUUUGCCAGAAACGGUGUUUGUGAGCUCAGCCACUAUUUCUCUUAUGAAGGAAACAUCUAUGACGCUGACUCAAAAUGGAAGUCAAGUUACGACCAAGAAUCGAAAGAGUGCAAGAAAUGGACGCACUUCCAAACUGCUAUCGAGUAGUGCAAAGAGAUUUGACAUUCCUUUAAUCUGGGAAUUGAAAGAUUUACGGCCACUGAUGCGCGAACUCGAACUUGGUGUAUUUAGUAUUCUUGCAUUUUGCGAAGAUAUGGGCGAAGCCAAACUAGAUUUUAACGAGCUCGAGUUUCUACUUUCCGAUCUGCUGGUUAAAGUUGAAUUUCAGUUUGGUCCCAAAGGACUAUCUAGUUUACGUCAAUCAUCCCAGACUCGUGCGAGCGUUGAACUGUUAACCCGAAUAUCUGUUCGAAAUGUGUUUUCUAAACUUGUUCUCAUUCUACCAGGAAUUUGUAAAACUUUGGAAAGUACCGGAAAAGAAAUUUGUAAUAUGAUUGCAGACGAAGAUUCGACAUUUGGUGUUGUGGAUCAAUCUAUGCUCAACUGCUUUGACCUUAUUAUAAAAUGCUUGGCAAUACUACUCAAAUGGCCUGGAUUUACUGAUCCAGCAUUACAUGAUGAUCGAAUGAACUUUCUUCAAGUUCUUGCAAGUAGAACACUCAUACAGGAAAAUCCAAAUCUUCAAGCUACUCAAGAUCAGUUAGUUAUAGGUGCUUUUGACUACAUUGUGCGGUUUGAGAAAUGCCUUGUUACUGGAGAAGCUGCAUCUGGACUUGGACACCUUUUAGCUGCGCUUUAUAAUCUGGUACCGCACUCUGAUAUCGUGUUGGGAAAACUCCGAUAUCUGUCUAAUGUGUUUGUCAACCAGUAUUGGAAAGAUAAAUCCAGCAUGAAGCCUGAAACACUUGUUUAUUUGAUUCAGCAACAGAUUAACAUGGCAGCUGAUCCACUGGCCAUCACGGAAGAAUAUUUUGCAAAGGCGUUCAAGGCAAUCUCUGAAGGUGAUGAAGAGGUUUUGGUAGAUUUCCCACUACUUACAAGAGUCACGUUUAUAUCGUUUUUCAAGGCUGCGUUCACAGGACUUUGUCAGCAAGUGGCUCAGUUUUCAGGUAGAGGCCAAACGCAAUACAGCGAAAGCGAAGUCACUAUCUCCAGAUUCUCAACAUGCUUUUCAUUGGCAAUCACACUUGUGCGAAAAUUUGAGCAACCCCCGUUUAUUUCUGUAAUUCUCAAAAAAAGUCGAGUGUUUCUUUUGGCAUACAUUAAACGUGUAUUGCCUGUUCUCACUCGCGAAUUCAAAACAUACAAGGAGGAAAUCAUACAGAUUUUACGUAUGGUGCAAACGGGUACCCGCAUUUUGCAAUCGGUAUGCAGCGAAACAAAGGUAUCAAAAGAUACGAAUCUUGCAGCUUCAGUGCCGCCUCUAAGAAAAGUCAUGGAAUUGUUUUUAUACGAGAUCAAGAAACUCUUGGCUGAUAACAAUAGUCUGCAAGCUUUCUCCAUUGGAAAUUUGAAGCAUCGGGAUAUUUCUGGUGGAUUGAUUUCAUCUCAAAUUCCUACUUUAGUGGAGCCUGAUGACGAUUCAACCGAUCAGCAAGAGUUGGAUGAUAUCGAAGACGAAAGAAUGUCUGAUUUAGACGUGCAAUUGGAGACUGAGCAAGCUACACCUUUAAACAAAGCAGCAAAAACAACUCAACGGUCAAAGGAUGCUGAGAUUUCCAAGUCAUCAAAGCCUAAAAAUUCUCGUGCAGUUUCCCAGAAAAAAAAGCAACAGCCAGUGUCAACAAGUGACAAAAGGCAUUCUACUGAAACAGGAUCAAAAAAGCGGCGGCUAGCAAAGAGAUCCAUGCCAGACGUAGCUGCAGAACACACAGCUACUGAAGAGGAGUAUGACGAAGAACCCAGGGAAAAAGAGCAAGAUCCGUUGCAAACCCGGAAAUUAUCCGAGGAUAUUGUAGCAGAUUAUAGCUCGGACAAAAACUCAGAGUCAAAUACUAGUACAAAGUGUCGUAAGAGUAAUGGUGGUCAAAGAUCCAACAGACGCGUUGAACAGACAGUUUUGGGUCGAAACGAAUCGAUGAAUUUAUUUGAGCCAUGCGAGGGCUUAGAUACAGAGGCUUUACAAUUGGAAUCUGCUGUUUCUAAUGAUGAAGAAACAUCUCCAGAGUUGAACUCUUUGAUUUCAGCAGCACCCGUACCUGCCUACACAUCCACGAUCGCACCACAACAAAUUCGACGAAUUGGACUUGCUCGUCGUCGUUUAGUUGGAGGAACAAUCCCAUCAACAACAGGUGCAUCUACAACCCUUUCUAGCUCGUUUAAAACGAAUCCGCUACCUAAUUUACCGAUGACUGAUUCUUUAUCCCAGCCACGAACUAAAACAGUGGUAAAUACCGAAGGAUUUGGUCAAGGCGUACUUGCACAACCACCUGAACAAUUGAGAGCCAAGCGACUUGGAGUGAGUCGACGUCCCGGUAUAAAACCGUUCGAUCAGCCUAUUAUUUUGUCGCAAUCACUUUCCAAGAAAUUACCGAGCCCAUCUUUUUCCCAAGAUCAAGCUUUGCUUGACAAUGAUGACGACAAUAUGAGCAAUGGUAUUAGCAGCCAGUUGCUAAACAAUAUAGAUAUGUCACAAUCUGAACUCGAUGAUGAGGAGGACGAUACGAUGUAUCUGGGAAAUACAGAGUCUAUCAAUGCUGACAGUGCAUCACACAAGCGGAAAAAGGGUUUCAGCAAAACCGUGACAACAUCAUCCAAAUCAGCCGGGUCAUACCGCACCUUUAAGCGAAAAAGUGUGAUUGUAGAGUCUGAAACAGACGAAUCUAUGAUUGAAAACUCUGAAGAUACAGAUCUGGAUGGAUUUAUUGUUAAUGAUGAGUCCAGUGGUGAGGAAAUGGGAUUGGAGAUGGAUGAUGAUGUGGAUGAUGGUCCAUAUAUUUGAUUAGCAAGCCAUGAAAUAAACACUAUCUAGCCC